GAGAGGCGAGAUUACGUCAUGUGGGAAGACGCUGGUUUUCAGCUCGGGAUCAGCCUACUAGUAACUCGAGGGAAGUUCUUUCUCCACUAAAAACACAUUUUGAAAACUUUUACGAAAGCUUUUGUUAAACAUUCCUCGGCUCGUUUUUUUUUUUUUUUUUGUUAAAUCACAGCUAAACGAUGUCGUUUGUCCCCGGUCAACCAGUGACUGCAGUUGUGCAAAGAAUUGAAAUCCAGAAGCUUCGCCAAGGAGAAAACCUGAUUCUGGGCUUCAGCAUCGGAGGCGGUAUCGACCAGGACCCCGGGCAGAACCCCUUCUCUGAGGACAAGUCAGAUAAGGGAAUCUAUGUGACCAGGAUAACUCCAGGAGGACCAGCAGAAGUUGCAGGGUUGAAGAUGGGAGACAAAAUCAUGCAGGUGAACGGCUGGGAUAUGACCAUGGUGACUCACGACCAGGCUCGUAAAAAACUGACAAAGAAGAGGGAAGAUGUGGUGAGGCUACUGAUAACCAGGAAGUCCCUGGAAGAAGCGGUUAAACAUUCAAAGGGGAGCCAUCCCAGACAGUGAUCUGCCUGCACAGACUAAUGCGAGGACAACAAAAGACAGAGUAGUUUUAUAAACGCUACAAACAUCUCCAAAUGCAGCUGCCCUGUGGCCUGUAAAGCUACAUCAACGCAAAGAAAUCAGAUACAAGUCCAUCCAUUUAACGUUUGGUGACUUAUUGAGUUAUCUGAGGCUUGAGUCUAAUCCCAAUUACAAUAAAUUUAUCAGCUUUCCCUUUAAGACAUGUUUCUACUGCUAGA